AUAUAAAAGACAGCUUCCGUGAGGAUUGCCAAAAGGGCCGUUUCUCUCUUUCCUCCCUUUCUCUCUCCUGUUCUCGAUCUCUCGAUCGCGAUCGAUUAGGUGGUCGAUUUGAUCGUAGAUUUUCUUUUUGGGAUCGAACGCCGCCUUGAGUAUGAGGGUAUCGAUUGAGGAUCUGGAUCUCUCUCCGGGAUAAUUUCGAUCCGAUAUAAUUGGUUGAUUUUUCUUGAAUUCCUCUCUAAGAUCUUGAUUGGGAGAUUUGGAAGAAAGAUGAAUAAUUUGAAUUUGAUUAUUGGUGCUCAAGCUAACGGGGCGCCAGUUAGCGGGGGAGGACUCAGUCAAAACUUGAAGUUCAGUUAUGGAUAUGCAAGCUCUCCAGGUAAAAGGUCUUCGAUGGAGGACUUCUAUGAAACAAGAAUUGAUUGUGUAGAUGACCAAAUUGUAGGCUUGUUUGGUGUAUUUGAUGGUCAUGGUGGUGCACAAGUGGCAGAGUAUGUUAAACAGAACCUUUUCAGCAACUUACUUUUGCAUCCCAAGUUCAUUAGUGAUACCAAAUCAGCUCUAGCUGAUGCAUACAAACAUACGGAUUCGGAGUUUUUAAAAUGUGAGAACAGCCUAAAUCGAGAGGCUGGUUCAACUGCUUCAACUGCUUCAACUGCAGUUCUUGUUGGUGACCGGUUAGUUGUAGCUAAUGUUGGAGACUCCAGAGUUGUUAUAUGUAGGGGAGGAGAUGAACACAUGCUUUUUUUGGGAAGCAAAGAAUUUCCAGAUGAAAAUGAGGUCUGUACAUCUUACAUUACUAAUGAACCUUACAAUUUCCUUCUGGUACAUAUGAUUUUAAUUGAGGGAUAAAGACUUGACUCAUAU